AUGGACGCAUCUCCGCGUUCGUCGACGGACUCAGACCGCGACAGCUUCGUCUCCGGUCGCAGUUCCCCGCUGAACGGCUUCGACUCUUCCGCUGCCCUCAUCCUCGUCCCCGACGUCGCCUCCCCCUCUUCAACCACCAGCCUUACUUUCAACUUCGAUGUCGACGGCGAAGGCGACGAUGCUUCAAUAGAGGUCGACGAGGCGGAGCUCCAGCUCGCGCGCGUACGCUCCUCAGCCAUCCCCCCUCUCUCAUCCUUCAGCGCAUUCCUCUACCUCUUGGCUCCGUACCUUCGCCUCGGCGUACUGCUCGUACCUGCAACAGGGCUGCCGACGCGGGUUGCGGUGCCCACACUCCUGCUUUUUGCCGCCCUCUCAGCCUUCACUCGUCAGAUCUGGUACAUGCUUGCGAGAUAUGUACGCCGCGCGGACAUGGAAGAAAUCGUUCUUGAGACGUUUGCACGAGGGCGCGGCAAACAGUCUCGGCGCGCAGCAUUGCGACAAGCCGUACGGUCCUCCGGGACAGUGUUUAGGAUAAUCCUGACUGCGUUGUAUCUCAGAUAUGCCGUGGACCUCUUGCUGCCGUGCUUCCCGGACGCGCUUGUGAUUCCGUCUCGGGCGAUUGCCACUAUCAUCCUGGCUGCAUUUGUCGCACCAAUCUAUGCCGCUACAUCGCUUGCGUCUCGCCGAGUCGUGCGGACAACUUGGAUUUCGGUAGUCGUUUAUGUGGCCUGGUUCUCGGUCACCACCUAUAUGCAUGCUAAGCACAUCAUGGUGCCGACCUGGAAUCCCCAGUCUCUUGGCCAGCUGUGGCAAGGAAUCCCGGCCUUGGCGUUCACCUUCACCACUACCUCCACUGUACCUCUAUACGCCUCCUUGAAAGGCACUAUUGACCCCCUCAACAUCAAAUCAAGACGCCUACAAUCAUUCAAGCUUUUGUCUGUAUUGUCUGUUGCCAUUUCUGCAGCCUUCAUCCUGCCUCUCGCAGUCUUUGGAGCGUCGCUUCGCCCUCGGGGGUUCAGUCUCCCGACCCCAGAUCUUCAGACCACCGUGUCGGUCUUUGCUGCCUGUUCGCUCAUCCUCUCCAUCCCGGCCCUACUCAUCCCCAGCCCCGCGAUUCCCCUCCCUUACACGCUCCGCCGCGCUUUCCCCUCCCUCUCCAAAGUUCUCAUCUACCUUCUCGCACUUUGCCUCUCCGUCCUUCCUGCUCGCGUUUCGCGAGUUGGGAGCGACGUCAUCCUCGUGCUAGCAUUCCUCAGCACCUAUGUCGUCCCCGCCCUGCUCCACAUCGUCAUUCACAACUUCCGCCAGCCGCUCUCGAUCGUUGUCCCGCCCACUACCCCGACGGUCGGGCACUUCGUCGAGCCGAGCGAGAGUCUCUCGGACGAGCUCCUGCAGGCGAAGGAGCGCACGCUCCAGCGUCGCCGGCUCUGGCGCCGACUCAUCUGGGACGUCGGCGUAUGGGUGCUUCUGCUGCCAGUGGGCGGUGGUGGCGUCGUGUGGGCCGCCGGCCGCAUUGCUGGGCGUUGGUGA